GCAGUGUCAGCCGCCUGUCUCGCGAAGGAUGAAGCAAGUUCUGGCAUUCUGAUUAUGGGUUCCUGCUACAGGUUGAGUCCCUGGGCCUUAGGCUGGGGUGUUGCCAGGGUGUUGCAGAACCGAGCUCUGGUGUAGAGACGCUGUGUGAGUGUUUGUGGCGUUUUAAAAAGACUGUGCGCAUCAUUGUCAACGUUUUCAGCUCGGGCCAUCACCACCCGGCUGGUCACACGGAUCUGAGGCUCUCUUUGGAAGAUCGUAAGGCCCCUGCUGUUGUGCCCUUUCUGUUGCGUGGGCUCCCCGGGGGGGUGCCCAUGUCCGUGCUGCUUGCGGCAGCUCCUGCGGCCGGCAGCCUGCCCGCGGAUGUCGACAAGGACGAGGCCCCUAGCGGGUGGGGGGAGGAGGCGGUGAUUGUCAGCCAUGGCGUGGCGGAGCAGAGCAAGAAGGGGGAGGACUUCUGGAUCGCAAAGUGCAAUGUGGAGCGCGCCCCAGGGCAGACCUUCAAUGUGUACGGGAUCUUUGAUGGCCACAACGGCCACCAGGCGUCGGCGUUCAGCCGGGAGCACCUGCUCAACUUUGUGCUCAACGCCAUCCCCUCCGGGCUCAGCCGCGACGACUGGCUCGCCUCCCUGCCACGCGCGCUCGUCAUCGGCUUCCUCAAGGCCGACACGGAGUUCAACCUCGUAGAGCGGCGCGCGGGCACGACGGCGACGCUGGUGGUGGUGGAGGGCAGCACCGUCACAGUGGCGUCCGUGGGGGACUCGCGCUGCAUCCUGGACAUGCCGGGGGGGAAGCCGGUGGCGCUCACAGUGGACCACCGCCUGGAGACCAACCGCGAGGAGGUGCACCGGGUAGCCGCCAGUGGGGGCGAGAUUGGGCGCCUUGAAACCCCUGAUGGCCUCGAGGUGGGCCCCUUGCGCGUGUGGCCGGGCGGGCUGUGCCUGUCGCGCUCCAUUGGCGACAAGGACGUUGGCGACUACAUUGUGCCCGUGCCGCAUGUCAAGCAGAUUCGGCUGCCGCCGCAGGGGGGCCGCCUCAUCCUGGCGUCAGACGGCGUGUGGGACGCUGUCAACAACGAGCGCGCCGCCAAGAGCUGUCGCGGGCAGGGGCCCAAUCAGGCGGCCGCGCAGGUCAUCAAGGAGGCGCUGAGGGCACGGGGCCUGCGCGACGACACGACAUGCCUCGUCAUUGACGUCAUGCCCCGUCACGACAUGGUCCCCCCUGCGCCGCUCAAGAAAGCCAGCGCGCUCAAGCGCAUGUUUAGCAGCAGCAAGCGGCGCGGCGCCAGCACAGGGGACCUGCAGGGCAUGCAGGAAAUCUUCGAGGCGACGGGGGCCGACUUCUUUGAGCGACUCGGUCGCGGCAUGGAGACGUCGGUGCACGCAGGCGGGUCCAUCCUUUGCUCCAUCUGUAAGACGGACCUCACCCCGGGGGGCGUCAGCGUCCAUGCAGGGAGCAUCUUUGCCGCGGGCCCCAUCCCGUGGCAAGGGCCCUUCAUCUGCGCAAACUGUAAACGGGAGGCUCAAGGGGGGGGCGCCGGCUCGCCCCCGACCCCGGCGCGAGUGGUCAGCACAGGGACCAUGCUGGCGGAGACGAUUGAGGAGGAGCUGGCGGCAUCGGAAGGACCAGUGGAGCAGAUUGCCCGCCCGCCAACGAUGGCAAGAACGCCCGAAGCAGGGGGAGGGCAUUACCAUCAAAAGCAAAAGGAGGACCUGGAGCUGAGCCCGGGGGAAAACGGAGACAGGUGAAAGGCAGUCUGAGGGGGAGACUGGAGAUUGCUUUGUAACAUAUCCCAGUCCAAAAGUCGCUAUGUGUUGCUGGGUCGAGUGCAAUCCAGGACCUUAGAUGCCUCUGGCGUGUUUAGACUCUUGUCAACGCAUCAGUCUAUAGGGUCCCUUCAAUCGGUAUGGGCAGAAGGGGUAUUAUAUCAACUGUAUAUUCUUAGGGGACGCAAGACACCGCAAGACAUGUUGAAUCACAACAAUUCUAUCAAUGUCGAAGGAAAAGUAUGGAUGUUACAGUAGGUCCUUAUUGUUAUAUUGUUGG